AUGAGGCUGCUGACUCGUCGUGUCCCUCUCCUCUUGCUCCUCGCCCUGGCUCUACUCGGCGCUCUCCUGGCUGAGGCGAAGCUGCGUGAGGUCAGCUCGCUCAACUUGAACGACCGCACCGCCCAGUGGGUGUCCGCCUCGGCGUUUGGCCAGGUCUAUUCCUUCCUCAGUGCGGACGACCUGUGGUGGGGCAGUGUCGCCGGCACCUCCAUCGGCCUCUCUGGUGUCAAGCUCCAAGGUGCGGACUACAAGCAAGGCCUGACCGUGGUGCAGGGCUUUGGGUUUGACCCGACGACCGGCCGCAUGGUCGUCGAGCUCUAUGACUACACUCCAGGCUACCUCGUAUGCAUGCUUUGA